AUGAGCUUCUCAGGGUUUGCACUCAAGGGAAAGAAGAAGGGAGCGACGGCGGCGGGAUUGGCACAGAAGUCGUCCCUUGGAGGAUUCCGUGUAGAGAAGGAGCGAAAUGUUGAUGAGAAGAAGGAGAUCGUGGUGGGCUUCAGCACGUCCGGCGAUGCCCUGCUGAAAGAACCUUCGGUAGGGUCCAAGUACGGACCCAUGGUCAUUCCAUGCAUCAAGGUGAACUGGACCGAGGACCAAGCCGCCGCCGAAGCGCUCCUGGCAGAUAUUCGAAAUAGUUCGCGACAGGAACAAGAAGAAUCAGAGGAGUCGACGCUUGUGAUCCCCAUCGCUGGAGGCACCGUCGAGAACACUUCCGACAUAAACAAGAAGGAUGCGCCGAUGCUCACGAGGAAUCGUAUCCCAGGCAUGGACAAGAUCGUGGGGGAAACCAACAAAUUCAAGCACGACCUGUCCAUGCGACCAGACGAACUGGACAUCCACAGCGACGCCUUCGACGCCGUGCCGAUCGAAGAGUUUGGCGCGGCGCUGCUCCGCGGGAUGGGUUGGACCGGCAAGGAUCGUGUGGAGCCCACGGGGUCCAAGGUUCAGAUGCGGCACUACCGAUUGGGUCUCGGCGCCACCCCCAAGCCCGUUAUCGAGGCGCCGAAGAAGAAGAACUUCAUCCCAAAGCCCGAGCCCCGCGAGCGGAGUUCACAUCACGGCAAUAGUAGUAGUACUAGGAACGGUAGCCGGACUAAUGGGCACAAGCGCAGUCGUAGUCGCAGCCGCGAUCGGUCGUCUAAAAAGCGCUGACCUAUUGUGCAUUCCUGAUAAACUUGGCAAUUUUGUGCAAAUCGCCAGCAAAUAUCCGCGAUGACA